AUGAACAACCACCAUCAUACACUGGCGCAUUAUCAGGGCGAGAGGUGCCCUCCUGCUUACUGCAGGAGCAGCAGCAACCCGACUCCAACCAGCAGCAGCAGCAGCAGCAGCAGCAGCAGCAGCAGCAGCAGCAAUCGGCGAUACAGCGGUAGUGCUGCUGUGUCUCGGCUUGUCUUCGCAAGUGGCUUCACUGCAUACGAUGGAAGGUACCACAGCAGCAGCAACAGCAACAGCAGCAGCAGCUACAGCAGCAGCAGAAACAGCAGCAGCAGAAACAGCAGCAGCAGCAGCAGCAGCAGCAGCAGGUGUGUAUACCCCCCAAACCACCAUGAAAGACAAUACAGCACAGAGUUGCUGCUGCCGCCUGCUGCUGCUGCGCAGCCCCGCGAUUCCCCUCCGCACUACAGCAGCAGCAGCAGCAGCAGCAGAUACUACAGCACCCGCAGCAGCAGCAGCAGCAGCAAGGGGUACCGCUCAACGUAUCCUUACAGCAGCAGCAGCAGCAGCAGCAGCAGCAGCAGCAGCAGCAGCAGCAGAGGGUACAGUAGGGAUAUGGAGAGCCGCUACCAUAUAAAGGAAGGCCGGCGCAGCCCGCCCCCUCCCUUUCCUUACAGCAGCAGCAGCAGCAGCAGCAGCAGCAGCAACAGCAGCAGCAGCAGCAGCAGCAGCAGCAGUCGGCAUGUUAUGCCCCUGAAGUAUGCUGUUGACGCAUGCAGCAUAAAGGGAAGCAGCAGCAGCAGCAGCAGCAGCAACUGCAGGUACAGCUACGAAUACAGGAAUGGCAGCAGCAGCUGCAGCAACGACUGCAGCAACAGCUGCAGCAGGCGGUGCAGCAGAAGCUACAGCAGCAGCAGCAGCAGCAGCAGCAGCAGAAACAGCUACAACAUCCCUCACCACAUCUGUGCCCAGGAGCAGCGGCCCUUCGAGCAUCAGUAUCUGCUGAUGAAGCAGCAGCAGCAGCCGCAGCAGCAGCAGCACCAGCAGCAGCAGCAGCAACAGCAGCAGCAGCUGCAGGAAGUAGGGGGCGACCGCAAGCUCUGGCAGCAGCACAAGGAGCAGCAGCCAACGCUGCAGCAGCAACUGCAGCAGCAGCUCCAGCAGCAACUGCAGCAACUGCAGCAGCUGCAGCAGCAAUCGUUGCAGCAGCAAAUUUGUGAAGGCCUGGAGCAGCAGCAGCAACCGCAGCAGCAGCAGCAGCUGCAGCAGCAGCUGCUGCAUGAGGAGCAACCGCAGCAGCAGCAGAUGCAGCAGCAGCAGCAGCAGCAGCAGCAGAUGCAGCAGCAGCAGCAGCAGAAGCACGAAACCGAGCUGCAGCAGCAGCUGUAUAUCCAGGAGCAGUUGCAGCAAAGACUGCAGCAGCUCCUGCAGCAGCAGCAGCAGCAGCAAGGCCAGUUUUCACAGUCUCUGGCGAAGCUUUUGUCUAGCCCUAAGGAAUUCGAGUUAUACAGCAGCCAGCAGCAGCAGCAGCAGCAGCAGCAGCAGCAGCAGCAGCAGCAGCAGCAGCAGCAGCAGCAGCAGCAGCCGCUGCAGCUGGAUCUACAGCAGAUGAUACUGCAGCAGGCGCUACACCAUUUGUCUGCCUUUCCCCCGACGUGGGCUGCACAGCAGCAGCAGCAGCAGCAGCAGCAGCAACAGCAGCAGCAGCAGCAGCAGCAACAGCAGCAGCAGCCACUCAGCAUCCACAGCAGCAACAGCAGCAACUGCAACAUCAGCCGUUGCAGCACUCGCAGCAAGCAGCAGCAGGAAUCGCAGCUACUGCAGCAGCAGGCAGUAGAACAGCAGCAGCAACAGGCAUUGGAGCAGCAGCAGCAGCAGCAGCAGACUGUGCAGCAGGAGCAGCAGCAGCCGCAUCAACAACCUGAGCAGCAGCAAGGCCUACAGGAGCGCAUGCAGCAGCAGCAAUCGGAGUUGCAGCAGCCGCAGCAGCAGCAGCAGCAAUCGCAACCGCUGCAGCAGCAACCACUGCAACAGCAGUCGCAGCAGCUGCAGCAGCCGCAGCAGCCGCAGCAGCCGCAGCAGCUGCAGCAGCUGCAGCAGCUGCAGCAGGAACGCCAGUCGCUGCUGCAGCCCCCAGAAGUGCUGCAGCAGCAGCCAGUGAAGCAGCAGCAGCAGAAUCCGCAGCAGCAACAGCCACCGCAGCAGCAGCAGCCGCAGCAGCAAAAGCAGCCGCAGCAGCAGCAGGACCUGCACGAGCAGCAACAGCCGCAGCAACAAAAGCAGCCGCAGCAGCAACAGCCGCAGCAGCAAGCGCAGCCGCAGCAGCAAGCGCAGCCGCAGCAGCAGGAGCAGCCGCAGCAGCAGCAACAGCCGCAGCAGCAGGAGCAAACGCAGCAGCAGCAACAGCCAAGGCAGCAGGAGCAAACGCAGCAGCAGCAACAGCCAAAGCAGCAGCAACAGCCGCCGCAGCAGCAACAGCCGCAGCAGCAGCAACAGCCGCAGCAGCAGCAACAGCCGCAGCAGCAGCAACAGCCGCAGCAGCAGCAACAGCCCCAGCAGCAGCAACAGCCCCAGCAGCAGCAACAGCCCCAGCAGCAGCAACAGCCGCAGCAGCAGCAACAGCCGCAGCAGCAACAGCCGCAGCAGCAACAGAAGCCGCAGGAGCAACAGCAGCCGCAGGAGCAACAGCAGCCGCAGGAGCAACAGCUGCAGCAGCAGCAGCUGCAGCAGCAACAGCUGCAGCAGCAACAGCCGCAGCAGCAGCAGACUGUAGCACACACAGCGCAGCACCCGCCUGAAGAGCAGCAACCGCAGCAGCAGCAACCGCAGCAGCAGCAACCGCAGCAGCAGCAACCGCAGCAGCAGCACCCGCAGCAGCAGCAGCACCCGCAGCAGCAGCAGCAACCGCAGCAGCAGCAGCAGCCGCAGCAAUCGACGCCGGAGCAGCAACCGCAGCGUGAGCAGCAACGGCCGCAGCAGCAAUACCAGCAGCAGCUGCUGCUGCGGAUGCAGCAGAAGCUGCUGCAACCGCAGCAGCAGCACCAGAAGCAGCAGCAGCAGCAACAGAAGCAGCAGAAGCAGCAGCAACACCCAAAGGAGCAGCCUCAUGCGCACCAGCAGCAACACCAGCACCAGGAGCAGCAGCAGCAGCAGCAGCAACAGCAGCAGCAGCAGCAGAAGCAGCGGAGACGGGCCUUGCUGCAGCAGCAUGCAGAGGAGCAGCAGCAACACAACCUUGAGGCCAGCAGCACGACUAGCAGCAGCAACAGCAGCAGGAACAGCAGCAGCAGCAGCACCAGCAGCAGGCGAUCCAGUUGGUCGGAUGCAGCACAAAGGCUGGAGCAGCAGCAGCAGCAAAAGCAGCAGCAGCAAAAGCAGCAGCAGCAGCAGCAGCAGCAGCAGCAGCAGCAGCAGCAGCUACAAAACUCUUUCAGGUUGGGGGCCGAGGCAAUCAACACAACGCCCAGGCCUCGGUUGCAGGAGCUGCUGCAGCAGCAGCAGCAGCAACAGCAGCAGCAGCAGCAGCAGCAGCAGACUCCUCUCCAGUGGCAGCAGAACAACAUGCAGCUGCAAAUGAAGCAGCAACUGCAGCAACAGCAACUGCAGCAGCAGCAGCAGCAGCAAGACAAACACCAUCAGCAGCAACAAUCACACCGGCAGCAAGCGCCGCAAGCUCAGCAGCACAAGCAGCAGCAGCAGCAGCAGCAGCACAAGCAGCAGCAGCAGCAGCAGCAGCAGCAACCGCAGCAGCAGGUAGCUGCAUUGCCUAUGGAUCACCAGGGAGGUGGCUCCGCAGCCAACAGCAGCAGCAGCAGCGAAAACAGCAACAGCAACAGCACCAGCAACAGCAGCAGCAACAGCAGCAGCAACAGCAGCAGCAGCAGCAGCAGCAGCAGCAGCGAAACCCCGUGCUUAGGGCUAAGCAGCAGCAAACCCAAAAGGAGCCGCUGGGGCAGCACUCGCCACGCAGCAGCGCCGCAGGGAGCUGCUGCUGGAGCACAGCAGCAGCAGCAGCAACAAAAGCAGCAGCAGCAGCAGCAACAAAAGCAGCAGCAGCAGCAACAGCAGCAGCAGCAACAGCAGCAGCAGCAGCAAUGGGGAGAACUCACAGGCGGCACAGCUGCAUUCAGCAGCAGCAAAGCGAAGGCACCACCACCACCGCCACCACUACCACGAGUUUCUGCUGCUGCUGCUGCAUCCCAUAUAAAAGUAUUUGCUGAAGCCCCUCGUGCAGCAGCUGCUGCGCAUGCACCAGCUGCAGCAGCAGCAGCAGCAGCAGCAGCAGCAGUAGCAGCAGCAGCAGCAGCCGAUGGUCCUACGGGUGACCGCAUAGCAGCAACACCAGUAGAAGAUGAGCCUGCUGCUGCUGCUGCUGCUGCUGCUGCUGAACGUUGUUCAGAGGCCGGCGCUGCAGCUGAUGCAGCAGCUAAGGAGGCAGCAGCAGCGGCAGCAGCAGCAACAACACAACAAGCAGCAUAUGAUGCUGCAGCACCGGCUGGUGCAGCUGCUGCAGCAGCUGCUGCUGAAACAACUGCUGCUGCAGCACCUGCUGCUGCGGCAGUUGCUGCUGCAGCACCUGCUGCUGCUGACGGUCCUGCUGCUUCUUCGUGCGCAGGAACCAGCGCAGCAGCAACAGCAGCAGCAGCUGCAGCAACAGCAGCAGCAGCUACUGCUGCUGCAGCUCCCGCUGUCACUUCAGCGAAGUUUUCUGCUGCCCCCGUUUCUGUUGGUGAGAAUGCAGCAGCAGCCCCUGCUGCUGCUGCUGCUGCCGCCGCUGCUGCUGCUGCUGCUGCAGAACCAUCGGGUGGUGUUGCAGCACUUCCUGCUGCUUCAGGGGAGGCAGCAGCAGCAGCUGCUGCUGCUGCUGCUGGAUCUGCUGCAGCAGCAGCAAAGGAAACUCCUCCAUCAGCCGAUAUUCCUGCUGCUGCUGCUGCUGCUGCAAGCCGCACACCAGAAGCAGCAGCAGCAGGAGCAGCAGCUGCUGCAGCAACAGAAGCAGCAGCACCUGCAGCAGGAGAGAAAACUUUCUUCUCUCAGCUGUCUGCUGCAGCACAGCAAAGGAU